AUGAUUUCGACAAAUUACAGCAGUUAUAACAGUCGAGGAACGAGAUAUAUCGUGUAUGACUGUUCCAAUGCCUGGGAAGGUGAUUGCGGCGGCUGGUCCGAUAGAAUCGCCGGUAUUAUGACCACCUUUGUAAUAUCCAUACUUGCAAAACGGCGUUUUCUGAUUAACUUUGACAAACCUUGUUUCCUUCGUGACUAUGUCGUUCCAGCAUUCUUUGACUGGCAAUACAAUCCCUCCUUUCUUUGGAAUAAAACAAGUUCAUAUUACAAACUACGUAAUAAUAAUUAUAAACAAAUAGAAAAGUAUAUGUUUGGAAAAGAAGACAUCAACAACUACUUUCGUAAAGAUGUAAUUUUUCUCCGUAUGAACUGGGACUUUACAAGUGACUUCAGAAAAAGACCAAACAUAGAAAAAGAUAUUCCAUGGAUGAUGAAGUUUCACCAAGCGGAUAUUUACAAACACUUUUUAGAUGUUUUAUUUAAAUUGUCGCCUGCCCCUGUAAGUGCGUUAAACGAACAAUAUCGAACACAGCGUAAACGAAACAAAUUAGCGUGUGUCCAUAUACGUCAUGGAACUAAUCCAAAUAUGCCACGAGACAACAAACGACCUGAACAACCUUUGGACAUUUUGUGGGGAUUGUUUGACACAUUAAACAAAGAUGAGUACGAUUUGUUCGUUGCUUCCGACACGGACAGUAUAAAGGCGUUAGCUAAGAAACGUUACCCUCAAAACAUGCUCGACACACCAGGAAGCAUUACGCAUAUUGACCAGCCGCAUAAAAACGAUCCACGCGAAGGAUUUCUGAAACAGUUGCUGGAUUUCUAUACAUUAGUCAGUUGCGAUAUUCUCAUUAUUCCUUCUAGUGGGUUUAGCAUAUUAGCUGCCUUUGUCCGGAACAUAGACACUGGAUUGUACUGCUGGCGAGGACAGGAUCUUAUACCUUGUUCUAGAUACACAAUCAAUGAUAUAUUCCCCAAAGGCAAAUACGGGAUUAAGCCAAAAACAUAUAGGAAUUAAAGAGACCUCGUACCUAAGUAUACUGAAGUAGUUAUAAAGUUACUUUAUUGCAAAUAAUGUAGCAAUAUGUUACCUU